UCUUACACAAUGAUAGAAGAUGAACUGACACUCUUCGAUAAAAGCAUAAAUGAAUUUGGUAAUAAGUUCAAAAAUACUCUAAGCGACGUCCCCUGUCACAUGGUAGGGCCAAGAGAUGCCUACAAGGACUCCAUUAAAGCACUUUCAGAAAAGCUGUCUGUGAAAUUAAAGGAAGAAGAAAGAAUGGUUGAGAUGUAUAUGGAGUAUCAAAAUCUGGUCUGCAGACAAAAUAAACUCAUUCAGGAAAAAAAAGAUAACCUACUAAAGCUGAUUGCUGAAGUAAAAAGCAAAAAGCAGGAAUUAGAAGUGUUGACAACAAACAUCCAGGAUCUUAAAGAAGAAUACUCUAGGAAGAAAGAAACUAUUUCUACUGCUAACAAAGCUAAUGAAGAAAGGUUGAAAAGGCUACAGAAAUCUGCACACUUGUAUAAAGAUCGACUUGGACUAGAAAUUAGAAAAAUUCAUGGUGAUAAACUGCAGUUUAUAUUUACUGGUAUUGACCCUAAGCAUCCCGAGAGCCCAUUUAUGUUUUCUCUGCGUCUAAAUGAAGCAAGGGAAUAUGAAGUGUCGGACAGUGCUCCUCAUCUUGAGCGCCUAGCAGAAUUUCAAGAGAAUGUGAGAAAGACCAACAAUUUUUCAGCAUUUCUUGCUAAUGUUCGGAAAGCUUUUACUGCUAUGGUUUAUAAUUAA